GCGGAGAGCUUUCGCGCGAGCUGGGAAACCACAACAUGAAUGCAGUGACCUAUGAUGAUGUGCACAUCAACUUCACUUGGGAAGAGUGGGCUUUGCUGGAUCCUUCCCAGAAGGAGCUCUACAAAGAUGUGAUGCUAGAGACCUACAGGAACCUCAGUAGUAUAGGUUACAGUUGGGAAGAUCAUAAUGUUGAAGAAAAUUAUCAAAUUUCUAGAAGACAAAAGAGGAACUAUAGAAACCAAACUGGAGAGAAACCUACUGAAUAUACUCAAUAUGUUGGAGCCUUUGCAUAUGGUUGUCAUCUUCAAAAGCAUAAAAAACCACAUAGAGAGAAACCCUAUGAAUGUAAUCAGUGUGGUAAAGCCUUUGCAUUUCCUAGUAAUCUUCAAAACCACGAAAGAACACAUACUGGAGAGAAACUGUAUGAAUGUAAUCUGUGUGGUAAAGCCUUUGCAACUCAAUGUAAUCUUCAAAGUCAUGAAAGAACACAUCCUGGAAAGAAACCCUAUGAAUGUAAUCAGUGUGGUAAAGCCUUUGCACGUCACAAUUCUCUUAAAUGUCAUAAAAGAACACAUACUGGAGAAAAACCCUAUACAUGUAAUCUGUGUGGUAAAGCCUUUGCACGUGACAAUUCUCUUAAAUGUCAUAAAAGAACACAUACUGGAGAAAAACCCUAUACAUGUAAUCUGUGUGGGAAAGCGUUUGCAGCUCAACAUACACUUAAAAUCCAUAAUGAAGUACAUACUAAAGAAAAACCCUAUGAUUGUAGUCUGUGUGGUAAAAGGUUUCAUUAUCACAGUCGUCUUCAAACGCAUGAAAGAACCCAUACCGGGGAGAAACCCCACGAAUGUAAUCUGUGUGGUAAAGCCUUCUCACGUGCUAGUCAUCUUCAGAGUCAUAAAAGAACACAUACUGGAGAGAAACCCUAUGAAUGUAAUCAGUGUGGUAAAGCCCUUUCUUGUCAAAGCUCUCUUCGAAGGCAUAAAAGAACACAUACUGGAGAGAAACCCUAUGAAUGUAAUCUGUGUGGUAAAGCUUUUGGACAUCCUUGUUAUCUUCAACGUCAUGAAAGAACACAUACUGGAGAGAAACACUAUGAAUGUAAUCAGUGUGGUAGACCCUUUGCAUGUAAAUUUAAUCUUAAAAUUCAUAAGAGAACACAUACUGGAGAGAAACCCUAUGAAUGUAAUCUCUGUGGCAAAGCUUUUUCAGUUCCAUAUAAGCUUAAAGUCCAUAAAAGAACACAUAUUGGAAAAAUUCCCUAUGAGUGUAGUCUGUGUGGUAAAAUGUUUCAUUAUCACAGGCAUCUUCAAAUGCAUGAAGGAACCCAUAUUGGAAAGAAACCCUAUGAAUGUAAUCUGUGUGGUAAACCUUUUGGACGUCUUAGUCAUCUUCAGCGUCAUGAAAGAACACAUACGGGAGAGAAACCCUAUAAAUUUAAUCAGUGAGGUAAAGCCUUUUUUUGUCAAAGCUCUCUUCUAAAGCACAAAAGAAAACAUAACUGGAGAGAAACCUUAUGAGGAAAGAAGUGUGGUAAACCCUUUGCAUGUCAUAGUUCUCUUCAAGAUCAUGAGGGAACACAUACUGGAGAGAAACCCCAUGAAUGUAAUCCAUGUGAUAAAGUCUUUGCAUGUCAAAGUGUUCUUGGAAUGCAUAAAAAAAAAAACAC